GAGCUAACGUGUCGGUAGCUCUGUAGAGAGGCAGCCUCGAGUUAGCUGCGAUCACGCUCUUACAUAGUUACCGUUUAUGCUGCUUCAACGGUUACGUCGCUUGUUACAUGUUGAGAAUACAACCCAGGACGUCAAAAAGGUAAAACUUUGAACAACUGAAGAGUCCAGACUUGCUUGCCCCAUUUUCUGCUAGAAGGUUUUGCAGGGGUUAUGGAAGUGGAUGAAUUGCCAAGAAUGGUGAAGAUGAAUAUCUGCACCGUGAAGGUUGAAAAUGAUCAUGAAGAAAUAUCUGACUCUAAAUACGGAGCCUUUGUCUCUUCAAAUGAAACUCCCAAUGAGACGAGACAUUGGCAACAUGGUUUUCACUCUCUGAAUCUACACAAGAGAGCAGUAGUAGUUUUGAACAGACUUCCUGAAUACAUAAGUGAUGCUCUAUUACCUGUGGAAGAGCAGUGCGACAGUGAACAUGAUUCUCAUGGCAACUCUGAUUCCGAUAUGCUUUGGGAACCAGACGGGGAGUCUGUGGAUUCUGAUUUUGCCUCAAAAUGUACAAAAUCCACCUCAAAGAAAAAAGAGAAAACUUCUAAUUCUCCAAAGUGCAGCACAAAGGAUUCGCCUGCAGCAGCAACAAGUAGCAGUGGCAGCAAUGGAGGAAACCCAAUCAUAGUAUCAUCAGUUUUUGGCCAUUGCUCGAAGGAAACCAACAAUGUUCGUCCUGAUUUGCCAGAAGUACAGAUCACAGUAGACAUGAUGGUCCUGGCCAGGAAAAGAGCCAUGAGGUGGCAACGGGGAAAAGUAAUGGAUAUUGUUUUAAAAGAAGAUGGAAGAUUAAAGUACAAGGUCGGUUUUGAAGAAAAAGGAAGGAGUUUGGUAUCAGGACAUCACAUUGCCUUUGAUACCACACCCAAGCUGGAGGAGCUCUAUGUCGGUGCUCGCAUUGUGGUUUCAUCAGCAGAUGACGCGCAAUGUUUCCAACCCGGUGUCUUGGCUGAACUUCCAAGUAGAAAGAACCGCUUAAGGUUCUUGGUGUUCCUCGACGAUCACACACCAAUUUAUGUUGGUUUGCCUUCUCUUCAUCUGGUGUGCAGACCAUUGGACGAUGUUUUAGAUGAUAUCCCAGAAAGCCCUCACAGGGUGUUCUUGGUGCAAUAUCUGAAGAACUGGCCAUACCCACAUUUAACCCACUACAAGGUUGGGCAGAGCAUUAAGGUAGAAUUAGAUGGAGUCCAGACGGAGUGUGAGGUGGAAGCGGUUGACUCGAGCUUGAUGAACGUGGUCUUUCAGGAUAGUCAAUGUAAGGAGUGGGUACACAGAGGCUCCGUACGGCUGGAACACAUGGCCAAGUUUUUGGACCUGAGGGACACCGAAUAAGCCUAAAACAACUUCAAAGAAGAUCAAGAUCAAAAUCAACUGUACAGACAAAGGGGCGCAAAAUUCACCUGAGAAAAUACAAUUUCAUCACAUUAAAGCCCUUGGCAACAUGGUUACAUAACUGUUAAAGUAGGCGUCUACGACGGUCCUUUUUUUUUUAUUGUUUGUUAUAGCAAUAUGAUGGCCCAACAUUGAUUGACUGAACAUGCAGUUAAACCAUGUGUACCAUGGAAACGUUGUGCCUGCAGCAGUUUCAUUGAGUAAUUGAAAACCUUUAGACCGAUAAUUACUGAUUCUUGUAGGUUAUGCUUUCCUAUUUUGUAUCAAAACCGGUGAGGAUGCUCAUGUAAGCUUCCUAAACCCUGUCUGUUUUAUAAAUGUCUUUAUGUGAAUCUGGGUAUUGACGAGUGAAAUCUGCAGGAUUAGAUCAAAGAUUGCGGCAGUUGCCUAUUCGACACUCCUGUGGCUUUUAGAAUGUAAAUACUUUAAUCUCACUUUCCGUGUUUUUUUUUUUUUUAGUUUAUGCCAAUAACCUGCCCCCCCCCCUUGAUAUCUGACUUGGUUUUCAGUUAUUUCUGUGCAUUACUCAGAUUCUCAUCACUGUUGAUUUUGUUGUUUCCCCUAUGAAAAUAAAGUUUAACUGUGUA